AUGGAAGAACCCACAUUUCUGUUCCCACCACCCGACUCAGACCUCGACCUCAGUUUCACUAGCACCACCACUGACCGCACCUUAACCUCCUCCAGCGCUCGCACUAGCUUAGCCCGCACAAGCAGUCUCGCUCUCAGCUUUAACGAUCGUCUCUCAACCGCCUCAGUCGCUGCCGGAGAUACCGUUUCCUCUGCAAUCAUACGCCGGCCUCACCGUAGCUCUGACCCUAACUGGACUGCAAUCAAAGCCGCAACAAAUCUCUCCUCCGACGGCCGUCUCCACCUCCGUCAUUUAAAGCUCCUCCGUCACCUUGGCUCCGGCGAUCUCGGCCGUGUUUUCCUCUGCCGUCUCCGUGACUACGAUGGUGCAAAUUUCGCACUAAAAGUUGUUGAUAAAGACCUUCUCACCCUUAAGAAAUCCACUCACGCAGAAACAGAAGCAGAGAUCCUUCACGCGCUGGAUCAUCCGUUUCUCCCCACGCUCUACGCGCGUAUCGACGUUUCUCACUACAGUUGCCUCCUAAUCGACUACUGCCCCGGCGGAGACCUCCACUCUCUCCUCCGCAAACAACCGGGAAACCACCUCACACUCUCAGCAGCGCGCUUCUUCGCAGCCGAGAUCCUUGUUGCACUCGAAUAUCUCCACGCGCUUGGCGUCGUGUAUCGCGACUUAAAACCAGAGAAUGUGCUUCUACGUGAGGACGGACACGUCAUGCUUUCAGAUUUUGAUCUCUGCUUCAAAGCUGACGUGGCACCUACAUUUGAAUUUUCAACCAAUCAUAAACCUCACGUGGAUCCCACUCACGGUUGUUUCAGUUAUAACAGAUCAAAAUCACGCGAGAGUGUAACCGCUGAGUUUGUUGCGGAACCAACAACGGCGUUUUCACGGUCGUGCGUUGGAACUCACGAGUAUUUAGCACCGGAGCUUGUUUCUGGUAACGGUCACGGAAACGGCGUUGACUGGUGGGCGUUUGGUGUUUUUAUUUACGAGCUAUUAUACGGAACGACGCCGUUUAAGGGGUGUAGCAAAGAGAACACGCUGCGCAAUAUAGCAUCUAACAAAGACGUGAAGUUCCAUGUGGCGGAGAAUGAAGAGGUGGGAAUGGUGGAAGCAAGAGACUUGAUAGAGAAGUUGUUAGUGAAGGAUCCGAGAAGAAGGCUAGGGUGCGCCAGGGGUGCAACGGAUAUUAAACGGCACCCUUUUUUUGAUGGGAUUAAGUGGCCUUUGAUUAGGACUUAUAAGGCACCUGAAGUUAAGGGAUUAUUGAGGAGAAAAAAAUCAGAAUCGAGUUUGAGUCAUGUGAGUACUAAGAGGAAGAGAGGGUGGUGGAAGAGACUUGGAUGUGUGUUGAGAAAUCAAGGAGCUAGAUUUGAUUUACUUUCGAACUAUGGUAAUAAUAAUCAUUAUUAUUGUUAUGUUAAUAAUAGUAAGGUUAGGUAA